CUUGGGUUGAGCGUUAACCGGCGGAGAUCGGAUUGGUUUUUUUUGGACUUUUCAGAUGAAAAAGUCGUAUACGCGACAACCUCGUGUGAGCGCGAAGCAGGCAUGGCGAAAGAAAAAACGCGCGAAUGGUGGUACGUUUUAAAAAAGAGAGCGGCGAACCCCCCGAAAGACGAGAGAAGCAAAGAAGAAAAGAAAGCUGAGGAAAACGAACUGUUGGCCAAAUACUACACGGAAUGGAAGGGAGGCAGCGGCAAAGAUUGCUCCUAUAAGAACAUCCCUCGUUUCUACUACAAGCUACCAGCAGAGGAUGAAGUCUUGUUGCAGAAGUUGAGAGAGGAGAGCAGAGCUGUUUUUCUGCAGAGAAAAAGUAGAGAGCUGCUGGAUAAUGAGGAGCUACAGAACCUAUGGUUCCUGCUGGAUAAACACCAGGUACCUCCAGUGAUUGGAGAGGAGGCCAUGAUUAGCUAUGAGGCCUACCAGAAAGUGGGGGAGAAAGCCGGGCCCAAGUGCAAACAAUUCUUCACAGCCAAAGUGUACGGCAAGCUGCUCCACACCGACCCCUACGGGAGGAUCUCCAUCAUGCAGUUCUUCAACUAUGUCAUGAGAAAAGUGUGGUUGCAUCAAACCAGAAUUGGUCUCAGUCUAUAUGACGUGGCAGGACAGGGCUACCUCAGAGAGUCGGAUCUAGAGAACUAUAUUCUAGAGCUGAUCCCGACACUUCCCCAGCUGGAUGGUCUAGAGAAGUCCUUCUACUCUUUCUACGUCUGCACCGCUGUUCGCAAGUUCUUCUUCUUCCUCGACCCCCUCCGCACCGGAAAGAUAAAGAUACAGGAUAUCCUGGCUUGCAGUUUUCUGGAUGACCUGCUAGAGCUGAGAGAUGAGGAGUUGUCUAAAGAGAGUCAGGAGUCUAACUGGUUCUCAGCUCCCUCAGCGCUCCGUGUCUAUGGCCAGUAUCUAAACCUGGACAAGGACCAUAAUGGAAUGCUGAGUAAAGAGGAGCUGUCCCGCUAUGGCACAGCUACCCUCACCUCAGUAUUCCUGGACAGAGUCUUCCAGGAGUGCCUCACUUAUGAUGGAGAGAUGGAUUAUAAGACCUACCUAGAUUUUGUACUGGCGCUGGAGAACAGGAAGGAGCCAGCAGCAUUACAGUAUAUUUUCAAACUGCUGGACAUUGAGAACAAAGGACACCUCAAUGUCUUCUCUCUCAACUACUUUUUCAGGGCCAUUCAGGAACAGAUGAAGAUCCACGGCCAGGAGCCCGUCUCCUUCCAAGAUGUCAAGGAUGAGAUAUUUGACAUGGUGAAGCCCAAAGACCCCUAUAAGAUCACCCUGCAGGACUUGGUGAACAGCUGUCAGGGAGACACAGUGACCAGCAUUUUGAUUGACCUCAACGGCUUCUGGACAUACGAGAACCGAGAAGUUCUGGUCACCAAUGAUAACGACAGCGGCAGCGCAGCCGACCUGGAUGACCCCUGAAGACAGUCGGAGUUGAGGGGUUGGGGGUAUGGAGAAGGAGGGAUGGAUGGACAUGUAGGUAGAAAGAGAAAGCUAGGGGUUACAAGAUAUUUGGAUAUAGAUACUGUAAUGUUCAUUAACAAAAUCCACAAUCCUCCAGCCUUGUUCCCCCUCUAAUUGUUGUACAGUAACUAUGAACUAAUCUGUGUAUUGUUUUUCUAUAACUUGUAAAAAAUAUUUCUGUUAAACAACACAUUUUUUUGCAACUUCAGCUCUAGAUUUUCUCCGUUACUCCUUCGCAAGUGGUUAUCGCAUUUAGAUAAAUGCAUUUCAUCAAAAAGCGGGCGGAAGUUUUACAGUAGACCAGUCCUGUUGGCACAAAUCCACUUUACCCAAGUGUCCUUAUGCAAAACAAUGUAAUCCUUACCGACUCCUGGGGGAACUUAACCUGUGCUCUCACCUCUGUGAAAGACAGAAAGAAAGAAAGAGAAUGUUCCAUUCAGAGUUGAAUACACUAUUAGAAAAAGAGGAAAGGUCAAAUUUAGCCUUACCCAUAAAGUCACACAGUUCUUCAUAUCCGGAGUGAUGACACCGUGCCGAUAAUGUGGAAAAGGUGGAUGUGUGUGAUAUAUUUAUAUCAACAGUUUGGAAGUAAAUAAGACAUUCAGCUGUAUUGCUUUUCUGUUUUAAUGCCAACAAACUGUUGCUUACUGGUUAGUGCUGUCACCUCAGCUCGAACCUCCUGGACCUGAUCCCAGUGGGUUUGCGUGGGAUUUUCCACCACAGUCCAAUGACAAAUGCAUGUUAGGUGAACUGGAGACUCCAGAUUUCAAAUGGAUGUGAAGUGGAGUGUUAGCAGUUAUGUGUCAGUGUGUUGUUGUCCCUGCGAUGGACUGGUUGGUGAUCAGUCCAAAGUUUGUGCUCAUCUUCUAAGAAUGAUGAGAUGGUUUGGGAAAAUGAAUACACACUGUCAUCCAGGUUCAUCAGAAUCGUGUUUAUUGGCCAUGUAGCUUUGCACAUCCAUGGAAUUUGACUCCGGUUGUGUGGCUCUCUCAGUGUACUUAACAUAGAAUAAC